AUGGUUUUCAUUGGGACCUCGUUGAAAUCAGUGAUCAAAUACUUCAAGAGGAAGACGGUGUCAAAUCUCGAUGAGGAAAGCAAAUGGACUGUCCACUACACAGCCCCAUGGCACCAACAGGAGAAUGUCUUCCUUCCCGGGAGUCGGCCACCGUGUGUCGAGGACCUCCACCGCCAGGCCAAAGUCAACCUCAAGACCGCCCUCAGAGAUUGUGACAAACUGAGGAAGGAUGGUUUUCGGAGUUCCCAGUACUACUCUCAGGGCCCCACGUUCUCUGACCCCCUCCAGUCCGGCAGCCUGCAGGACGAGGAGGACGACAUCGACACGAAGUCGAUCACAUCUUCAGCAGAGGAUAACAAGUCCCAACUGUCCGUGAGGUCCCAGACGCCUCAGGAGGAGGAUGGUCGGGUGGUUUGGACCAAGGCCGCUCCACUCCCCACACCAGAGGAGAGGAUGAGGCAGGCGGCCCAGGCUGUGCCCACAGACAUCGUCCCUAUUAACGUAACAGGGCAAGUGUUUGACCGCCAGGCCAGCAUCCGGCGCUCCCUCAUUAACACAGACACCGUGGCCCGACGGUCCAAGAAGGUCAAACGCAGAAAAACUAUAUCAGGGCUGCCCGACAACUUCAACCAGGACUUAGCACCACCAGGAUGCUGUGGAGAUGCACGGCCACAUUCAAUGUUCAUCCCGGGACAAUAUUCUACUUUAGGACGAACGGGAAGUAUGAACUCAAUGCUCCGAAAGUCCGUGACUAGAGACUCCUGCUCUCAGACAGAAGAGGUGAAAAUAGUCCCUCCGUCCAUGAGGAGGAUCCGCGCUCAGAGGGGACAGGGCAUUGCUGCACAGAUGGCGGGGAUUUCAGCUUCAUCCUCGACUGGAAGUAUAUCCAUCUCCAGUUCAGACAGCUCUGGCAUAGUCAUGAUGCCUCAGUAUAAUGGAGACAUGUCCCGCUUUCACAGCCUGCCUCGGGGCGCCAGGGUGUCUCUAAGUGCAGAUCCCAUCUACAGCAGCACCCCGGUGAAAUCAGAAGAGUGCGGGUCACCUCAGGGAAGAGUAGGGAAGCUUCGGGUGGAUGAUACGGCGGUCCACAUGAGAACUGCCCCAAGAAUGAGCACCCUGCCCCGGCCGAAGUCACAGGAAGUGAGAGGAAGCCAUGUCAGUGAAUGGGGCGGGGGUCCUGCCUGUAUGGUCUCCCCUCAUGCAGCGUACUCCACCUCAUAUAUUCCAAAUGCCACCAUGUCCAGCUCAUCUGAGGUGAUUACAUUAAACUCAUCUGGUCACAGUCCGCCCACCGCAGUAGUGCUCCCCAACGGUCGUCCCCUCAGUGUGGCAUCAGGGACUGGUCCACUGACACCUGGGUCUACACCCUUCAGCCACAGCAGCACCUGUCCAGCACUGGCCACUUCCACUCCUGUGGCUAAAGCUCAGGGCACAGGCACUGCCCCGGCCAGUGAGUCUGGACACUCGGACAGCAGCUCACACAGCCACAGCACGUUGGCCCCAACACCUCCAUCCUGUCCAGAGGAGCAGUGGAUCUACGAUACACCCGAAAAUGUUGUGGUCCCACAUCGUACUCUCACGUCGAGCUGCUCCACACCCAUAAACCAGCUGUACAGCAGUCUGGAGCGCUCAUCCAGAACCACCACUGACUCCAGUUCAGUCUACUCCCAGGACAAUGAUGGCUAUUUCACCUCCAUGCACUUGGACUCUGGUUUGCGCUCACGCAGCCACGGCAGCGGCCAUGGGGCAGCUGUUGGGCGGGCCACAAGACACAGCAUGUAUGAGUGUCGAGAGAUGGCCAAUAACGAGGACUCUGCAAGUUUAUACAGCGACAGAUCUUUAUCUCGAAGCAUCUCUCUGCGCAAAUCCAAGAAGCCCCCUCUACCCCCAGCCCGCACAGACUCUUUGCGGCGCAGACCUGGUGAGAAAAAGCCCCUGGGAGGCGUCAGAGCCAUCGGUGGAGGCUCUGAGUCCGUGCUCAAUGAGAGUCUGAUUGCCAGUCUGCAGCAGAGUUUACAGAUCGGACUGAGAGGAGGAAUAGGGAAAAGUGUAUCCCCAUCUUCUCCCUCCCACAGCCCGAGCAGUGACUAUGACGACCCGUGGGUGCUGCGGCCGCGCAGUCACAGCAGCAUCAGUGCAGGCAGCUCAGCAGCCUCACUGGGAGUGAACUCUGGUGGAGUGUCCAACAUGUACUCUCUCUGUCAAGUCACUCCAGCUCAAAGUGAAACCAGCAGCUUGCGCUCUGACUAUGCAGAGUCCUGGGGAUAUUACAUGGAGUAUCCUCGCAGUCAAACUGACCAGGGAGCACAGUCUCCAGCUGCCACCUCCACGGAGACUAUCUCAGCAGGGGUGCACCCCGGAGAUCUCCAACACAAUGGGGGCAGCAACAAUGUCCAAUCUUCUACAGCUCAGCAGGGAGAAGCAGUGAAGCCUAAAACCUCACCUGACAGAGUACAUAGACUCACCUCUCCCUCUAGCGGUUACUCCAGUCAGUCCAACACACCCACUGCUGGAACCCCUGUGCCCUCAUUUGUCCGCUCCAUGUCCCCUUCUGGAAGUCGCCCCAAACCCAAAGUCCCAGAGAGAAAGUCCUCCCUGGUCUCUUCUCUGUCCAUGUCCUCUUCAUCCACAUCUCUCUCUUCCAUCACAUCAGACUCUCUUAAAAACGCACCGCCGCCUCCACCUCCACUGCCUGUCUUCUCCUCCUCUGCUCCCAACACCCCCCUGAGCGCUCCGCCUCCCUUCCCCGCUCCUCAGGCCCCCUCGGGCUCCGCUCCUCCACCACCGCCACCCCUACCAGCCACCCCACCAGCUCAGGCCCUAAGCCCGCCCCCUGCCUGUUCCACUUCCCCCGAGUUUCCUCCUCCUCCAUCCCCUGAUGUACUAAUCCCCCCCAGCUCAUCCUUCUGUGGGAGCUUCAGCCCACCUCCUCCCCCACCACCAUACCCCAACAUGGAACCCCCUCCACCACCGCCACUGCCGUCUUUUGUCGCAUCAUCUUCCUCUCCGUCUGUUGUCAAAACACCAAAGCAGCAGCAGCCUCCUAAAGAGGCUCCGUCCGAUAGCGCCAUGCUUUCUCCCAAACCUCUCAUCACACCAUUCGCCCUGCAGAGUGUCCAGCUUCGAUCAGUAAAACGUCCUGAAAAGGAAAUAGACACAGACUUGGACCUAAGCAAUAACCUCAAAUCUCAAACUUUUGACUCAAUCACACAGAAUGACCGUCUCAAUGGUUCUAUUGAAGACGUGUCCCGCCAGUCAACGCCGUCUCCUGUCUCAAAGCUGUUAGAGGAGUUGUCGUUCGACUCUUGCUUCAUCACCGAGUAUCAACACAUGAACGGCAAAGACAAUAUUGAUGAUCAAGAGGCAUGGAAAAUCUCACCACAGACCUCUCCAGUCAAGCAGCCUCCACCAAUAUCCAAAAAACCUCAAAAUCCUUUCACACAACUCGUCAGUCCACAACCAGAGCAGAUUCACAGACAAGAGCAAAAUGGGUUGAUGUCUACAGGAGAUCAUGUCGAUGGUCUGACUAAUGGGCUGGAGGAAGACGGAGACACUUCAGAGAGCUCUGAGCCUCUGACAGAAAGUGGCAAAACAUUUGGAGAGCCACAAGAAGAAGACUCCAGUCCAACCAGUCCAGAGUUGAGUGUGUGCAGCAAUGGACACAAUGAAGAGGAGGAAGAAGAAGAUGAGGGCGAUGGGACGAGCAGCACGACUGGAUCUGUCAGCUCCAAAGAGGAUGACGCAGGUGAGGUGUUUGAUCCAGUCAGCACGGCAGACAAGUCGCCAGCCCGGGAGAGAAUGGUGACCCCUACACCUUCCCGUCCCAGAACCACGGAGGACCUCUUUGCCGUCAUUCACAGGUCCAAGAGGAAGGUCCUGGGUCGCAGCGUAUCCGACGAUGAGCGUACGCGGCCCGCCUCCCAGCCCUGCUCCCCGCCGGUGACCCCCACCAGCUGCAGCGCGGGCCCGGUCUCCCCUCUGGUCUCCCCCUUGGUCUCCCCCCUGCCCCGCCAGACCAGCUCCAUCCAGAGAUCCCUGCGCAAGUCCUCCACCAGCAGCGACUCCUUCAAGGCCCUGCUGCUGAAGAAGGGCAGCCGCUCCGAGACCAGCUUCCGGAUGUCCGCCACCGAGAUGCUGCGCUCCACCGACCCGCGCUUUCAGAGGACGCGCUCAGAGUCGUCCCUGGAGCCCCCCGCCUCCCUCGGGUCUCCCCUCUCCUCCGCCCCUCACAGUCCCUGCGCCUCGCCGGGACGCAGCAAAAGACCCGCGGACGAGUGGGGGCGCUUUGACUCGUUACCUCUGGCCUCGCCCACUUCUCCCUCGUUCGCGUUCGGCGGGAUGAAGUACGGACGGUCGCGCACGCCGCCUUCCGCCGCCAGCAGCAAGUACAACGCCCGCAACCGGAUACUGAGCAGCCCCAUGACGGUUAUAUGCGAGCGCGAGGGCGAGUGGGGGGAGAGCGACUAUAACGAUGCGGUGGACAGCCUUUCAGCUCUCAAUGACUCCAACGGCACUUUAUCUGAAGAAAGCAGGAGCUAG